CACACACACACAGAGGGCUUCAACCGAGUUUCAAAGAUGAGAUCACGCAGGAUAAGGGCUUUCUUCAUGGCUGGGGCUCUCGGUCUGUUGGUCCUCCAUCUUUCCAAAGAGUCUGACCACCCCAAAACUGUCCAACUCGACACCAAUUUAAAAAAGGACAAAUACAAAAAUAACUCCUACUUUGACACCUGGCCAAAGUGUCAACUGAACACCAGCGCCCACAACAUCACUGAGUUCGCAACUCUUCCGCAGAAUAUCCAGGACUUUCUCUAUUAUCGACAUUGUCACCAUUUCCCCAUGCUGCUGGACCUUCCGGAAAAAUGUGGGGGCGUUUACAAAUCUGAACAAGUCUUCCUUCUGCUGGUUAUUAAAAGCUCCCCCCAUAAUUACGACCGCCGAGAGGUGCUGCGCAAAACCUGGGCUAAAGAGAGGAUGCACAACGGUGUGUGGAUCCGAAGGAUCUUCAUCUCAGGAACAUCGGGUGAUGGUUAUGAGAAGGAAAGACUCAACACAUUGCUGGAGCUGGAGCAACGGGAGUUCGGUGAUAUCCUCCAAUGGGACUUCAGCGACACAUUUUACAACCUCACCCUAAAGCAGAUACUAUUCCUGGAAUGGAUGGAACGAAACUGUCCCAAUGCUCGUUUCCUCUUUAACGGUGAUGAUGAUGUCUUUGCAAACACGAACAACAUGGUUGUGUAUCUCCAAAGCCUUAAGGACAAUGAUGGAAGCAAACAUCUCUUCACGGGCCAUUUGAUUGCGAACGUUGGGCCUAUUAGAUCACCAGGGAGCAAAUACUUUAUCCCCUUUCAAGUGCAGAAGUCAGAAUCGUACCCUCCUUACUGUGGAGGUGGGGGCUUCCUCCUGUCUGGAUUUACAGCAAUGGUUAUAUAUCGUAUGUCCAAAUCCAUCCCCAUCCUUCCCAUUGACGAUGUUUACAUGGGGAUGUGUUUGGCCAAAGCAGGACUCAGUCCUUCCUCCCAUAUGGGUGUGAAGACGGCAGGACUACACAUCGCCGCCAUCACGCUGGACGAAUUUGAUCCCUGCUACUACAAAGAGAUUUUGCUUGUACACAGAUUUCUUCCGAGUCAGAUUUAUUUUAUGUGGCAUAGAAUAGAGGACCCGAGUUUGGACUGCAGUCCUUCUGGGACAAGGCUUGGCAUCAGCAAACUAUAACUCACAGGGAGUAACAGCUCUGUGGAUUUGCAGAAGGUGAAAUGGAUGUAGACAUGCAAAUGAACACAUGUUUGCAUGGGCAGCCAUAUUGUUGACGUAGACGGAUGCAUCUUUUCCGUUCACUUUCAAGGAAGACAGAGCAGUGGAUUU